AUGACCGAGUCUCCCAAGGUGAUCGGCGCAGGACGUCCGAGCACCGGACGACGACAACAAACAGACCUAGAGAAGAGGGAGUUAUUCACCACCCGCGUGACGGAGCGUGUACGCAUCAACGAACAGUCCAGACGGAGACCAACCACUACCAACGCACCAGUCCAGACGAAGGCCAGCCGCCACCAACGCACCAGUCCAGGUGGAGACCAACCGCCACCAACGCACCAGUCCAGACGAAGGCCAGCCGCCACCAACGCACCAGUCCAGGCGGAGACCAACCGCCACCAACGCACCAGUCCAGACGAAGGCCAGCCGCCACCAACGCACCAGUCCAUACGAAGGCCAGCCGCCACCAACGCACCAGUCCAGGCGGAGACCAACCGCCACCAACGCACCAGUCCAGGCGGAGACCAACCGCCACCAACGCACCAGUCCAGGCGGAGACCAACCGCCACCAACGCACCAGUCCAGACGGAGACCAACCGCCACCAACGCACCAGUCCAGGCGGAGACCAACCGCCACCAACGCACCAGUCCACGAAGGCCAGCCGCCACCAACGCACCAGUCCAGGCGGAGACCAACCGCCACCAACGCACCAGUCCAGACGGAGACCAACCGCCACCAACGCACCAGUCCAGACGGAGACCAACCGCCACCAACGCACCAGUCCAGGCGGAGACCAACCGCCACCAACGCACCAGUCCAGACGGAGACCAACCGCCACCAACGCACCAGUCCAGACGGAGACCAACCGCCACCAACGCACCAGUCCAGACGGAGACCAACCGCCACCAACGCACCAGUCCAGACGGAGACCAACCGCCACCAACGCACCAGUCCAGGCGGAGACCAACCGCCACCAACGCACCAGUCCAGACGGAGACCAACCGCCACCAACGCACCAGUCCAGACGGAGACCAACCGCCACCAACGCACCAGUCCAGACGGAGACCAACCGCCACCAACGCACCAGUCCAGGCGGAGACCAACCGCCACCAACGCACCAGUCCAGGCGGAGACCAACCGCCACCAACGCACCAGUCCAGGCGGAGACCAACCGCCACCAACGCACCAGUCCAGACGGAGACCAACCGCCACCAACGCACCAGUCCAGACGGAGACCAACCGCCACCAACGCACCAGUCCAGACGGAGACCAACCGCCACCAACGCACCAGUCCAGACGGAGACCAACCGCCACCAACGCACCAGUCCAGACGGAGACCAACCGCCACCAACGCACCAGUCCAGGCGGAGACCAACCGCCACCAACGCACCAGUAGUAGGGAGACCAAAAACCUAGAAGGUACCAGAAAACUGGAAGCCACAACAAGCCUGGAUGCUACCACAAACCUGGAAGCUACCACAAACCUGGAAGCUACCACAAACCUGGAAGCUACCACAAACCUGGAAGCCACAACAAGCCUGGAUGCUACCACAAACCUGGAAGCUACCACAAACCUGGAUGCUACCACAAACCUGGAUGCUACUACAAAUCUGGAAGCUACCACAAACCUGGAAGCUACCACAAACCUGGAAGCUACCACAAACCUGGAAGCUAACCACAAACCUGGAAGCUAA